AUGGAGCAGCCACUAUCCCGCACAGCCAGUUCCGAGAGCACACGAUCAUGGCGACAGCUCUCCAGUGCCAGCGGCGCGUCCGCAGGCGGCCAAAAGGCAAGAUCGAGCGAGCCUGAGACGGGCGGGCGCAAUGUAGAGCGUCCCAGCGUGUCCGUCCCCUCGCUCGGUGCCGCAGCGAUUCGACAGAGCCUGCCCGCACGCCGCCCGUCCAAGGCAUCUGAUAGCAGCAUCUUUGAGUAUUUUGGACAUGCCUGGUCUGGCUCCGCUCUCGACGACUCGGAUGCCACGCCCACGCUAGAGAGCACCCGGGGAAGUCUUGCAAGCGCCCCAGUUAAUCCUCUGCUGCUGCCGGAUUCCUUCCGACAGCCGCGAUCUGACGCGGGCACUGCAGCAACAGAGUCCAAGCGACUAUCAAUAUCCUCAUUCGUUUCUGCCAUUUCCAACCGCGGAUACAGUUGGAGUGGAAAAAGUUCCGUGUCGGGCUCAGAACCAGACGCCAGGAUGGACAACCCACACGGCACCACGACGGCCACCUCGUCGCUCUCCGUCACUACCUCGAGCCAGAAUGGCAGUCUCGGCACCAAAACCUCGCCCACGCAAUUGCUCUUCCCCCAAGACCAGCCCGCCAACAGCCAGACGGCGAGCCCCAACACCGCCCCGGCCCACCCCGCCUCUCCCCACGCCGGGCAGCCCCCUCUGUCGACGCAGCCCCGCCGCUCAAGAAGCCGGACAGCCCAGAGACGCAUCAGCGGAAGCACGGCGACCAGCAGCAGUCCGGCAAGCCGGGAGAUGAGAGAGAAGAAGCCGACCAAGGGCAUAAUCGGCGUGUGUGCGCUCGAGUCAAAGGCACGCAGCAAGCCUGCGCGCAACAUCUUCGGCAAGCUGGUGGACGAGUUUGAAGUCAAGAUCUUUGGCGAUAAGAUCAUCUUGGACGAGGCCGUCGAGAACUGGCCUGUCUGCGAUUUCCUCAUCUCCUUCUUCUCCGAUGGCUUCCCACUGGACAAGGCAAUUGCCUACACCAAAUUGCGAAAGCCCUUCUGCGUGAACGACCUGCCCAUGCAGCAGGUGCUGUGGGAUCGCCGUCUGUGUCUUGGUAUACUGGAUAAGCUCAACGUUCCUACGCCGAAACGUAUUGAUGUCAGUCGCGACGGUGGACCCAAGCUGCCAUCGGCCGAGUUUGCGAAAGCCCUGUACGAAAGAACAGGCCUGAGGCUGGAAGGACCCCAAGACGGCACUGGUGGAGGCUCCCCGGCACCGAAAUCCGUUGAACUCAUCGACGACAACAACACGAUCCGCGUCGACGGCGUUACCCUCACCAAACCAUUCGUUGAGAAGCCAGUGAGCGGCGAAGACCAUAACAUACACAUCUACUUCCACAAGAAAGAUGGAGGCGGCGGCCGGAGGCUGUUCAGGAAGAUCAACAACAAGAGCUCAGAAAAGGAUGAAACUCUCGAAGUACCCAGGGGCAUCCUUGAACCGACAGGCAGUUACAUCUAUGAGCAAUUUCUUCAGGUAGAAAACUCUGAGGAUGUGAAAGCAUAUACGGUCGGACCAACCUUCUGCCAUGCCGAAACAAGAAAGUCACCUGUCGUUGACGGUCUUGUUAAGCGCAAUCCUAGCGGCAAGGAAGUCCGCUAUGUUACAAAACUCAGCGAGUCCGAGGCUGCAAUAGCAGCCAAGAUCUCAGAAGGUUUUGGACAACGAGUGUGUGGGUUUGAUCUACUGCGCACUGGAGACCAGAGCUAUGUUAUCGACGUCAACGGGUGGAGCUUCGUUAAAGACAACGGUGACUAUUACGAUAAGGCGGCCAACAUUCUUAAGGAGAUGUUUUUGAAGGAAAUUGCGCGAAAACAACGCAAGGACGCCGCUCAACACGCGGCUGCAGAUGCCCAAGCUGGUACAGAUAGUGCUGGCAAUUCUAUAAAGGGCGCCUCGGGCCAUCGCAAGACGCUUGGAAAGCUGUUCAAGAGUCCGAGCAUGUCAAGGGUGGGCAAUCAUGCUCACAACCUCCAACAUAUGCGGCAGUCCAACACGAUGCCUUCGUCACCUGACACGUCACUCAGCUCUACGCCCAUCGCAUCCUCACCUAGUUUCGAGAAGCCCAACCCCGCCUCAAUACUAAGUCCUGCAACAAUCACUACUACCUCUACCUCGACUCCAGAAGGGCCAAUGUCGGAACCCGAGAUUACGCUUCCGCCUGCCUUCGAUGACGAUGACGACCUGCAUCUUGAACAGGAAAGGUCAAUGUCGGAAGAUCAUCUGGAGGUACCUCCUCCGGCAACUGCGGCGCAAUGGAAGCUCAAAGGUGUCGUGUCAGUCAUUCGCCAUGCGGACAGGACCCCGAAACAGAAGUUCAAAUAUACCUUCCAUUCUAAACCAUUCGUCGACUUGCUCAAGGGCCACCAGGCUGAAGUAUUGCUGAUCGGAGAGAUAGCGUUGCAGAGCGUGAGUGAUGCAGUCAAGGUAGCUCUAGAUGAAGGUCUCGAGGAUACUAAGAAGCUGCGCGAGCUGCAACUCUAUCUGAACAAGAAGGGCGCUUGGCCUGGAACCAAAGUUCAAAUCAAGCCCAUGUUCCGCAAACGCCGGAAGGAAGAGUUGCUACCGGGAGAGACUCUACCCGAAGAGGUACCGGAAGCUCCAAAGCCAGAGUCAACAACUGCUGAGGGCACUGAAAAGACUGCCGCUGCCGGCGAGGACGAACCAGAGCUACUCAAGAAUCGAAGUGAUUCCAUGUCUGGCGUUACAUUGUCUCGCAUCACUGCGCAAGAUAACAACAUGGUCCUUGAUAAGCUCCAACUGAUUAUCAAAUGGGGAGGCGAACCGACGCACUCCGCUAGACAUCAAACGCAGGACAUGGGCGCGAACUUCCGCAACGAUCUUUUGCUGAUGAACAGGGACGUAUUAGAUGAUGUUCACAUCUUCAGCAGUUCAGAGCGACGAGUGACCACCAGCGCACAAAUCUUCGGGGCGUCAUUCUUGGAGAAGGAGCAGUAUCAGUCCGAACACAUCUCAGUACGCAAGGACCUUCUAGAUGACUCAAACGCGGCAAAGGACGUCAUGGACAAAGUCAAGAAGAAGCUCAAGACCUUGCUACGCGCAGGCGACAAAGCUCCGCCUCAGUUCGCAUGGCCAAAGGACGUACCAGAGCCAUACAUUGUCGUUCGGCAGGUUGUGGAUUUGAUCAAGUUCCAUCAGCGUGUCAUGAACCACAACUUCAAAAAGAUUGAGUCAGAAGCCAUUUCUUCACUAGCUGCAUUGAACUCUCCACCAUCGGAAGGACAAACGACAGGGCAGUCUCAGUACACUAACGUCAAUCACAUCCAAACACGCUGGUGCUGUAAUGAAGGGCCAGAGUUGUUCAAGGAGCGAUGGGAGAAGCUGUUCAAGGAAUUUGGAGACGCAGACAAAGUCGACCCAAGCAAGAUCUCUGAGCUAUACGAUACUAUGAAGUUCGACGCUCUCCAUAACCGCGCCUUCCUUGAAUGGGUGUUUACUCCCGAUGCCAGCUUUGUGGAUGAAGACUCGGUUGCAGACGGAUCGAAGCAGACCACACCCGACAACAGCUCAGCCAAGUCUAUACCCGUCGGUCCGACACCGUCAGAUGCCCAGCUUAAGGCCGAGGCAAAGGAGCAGAGCGCGGAGAAGACCCAUGACCGCGGUAGCCUCUCCCACCGUAUGGGUUUCAGGCGCAAGUCUGAGAUUACCGUCAAAGCCCCAGCGCCUCCGUCCUAUGUACACGAGUCUUAUUUCAAGCUGUACUCGGGUCUGGGUACUGCAGCCUCCAAAGCGCAAACCGAUGCGAGAUUGGUCAAGCUGCGCGAGAUGUAUCACUUGUGCAAGGUUCUGUUCGAUUACAUUGGGCCACAGGAGUACGGUAUCGAGAGUGAGGAGAAGCUAGAAAUUGGCUUGCUCACAUCGUUGCCACUUCUUAAAGAGAUCGUUGGAGACCUAGAAGAGCUGCAGGCGUCGGACAUGCCCAAGUGUUUCUUCUACUUCACCAAGGAGUCGCAUAUCUACACACUGCUCAACUGCAUCCUGGAGGGCGGUAUCAAGACCAAGAUCGAACGCAAUGCUAUCCCAGAGCUCGACUACUUGUCACAGAUCAACUUCGAGCUGUACGAAUCGGAGAAUGCUAGUAUUGACGAUAAGCCGCAUACUUUCAACUACAGCAUUCGCAUUACUCUAUCGCCAGGAUGCCACGCCUUUGCUCCGCUCGAUGUACAACUGGACUCACGCCAUAUGAUCGGUUUUGCACCACGUCGCAGUCUCACUCUCCACCAAGACUGGAAAGAAGUCCUCGAGACUCUUCGGGCAAAAUUCCACACUGUCAAACUACCCAAAUCCUUCGUCGCCAUUGACCUCAGCGAGAAGGUUCCCGAAGCUUUUGAGCGUAGCAGCAGCGUGAAAGGCAAAGAGCACAACAUGACCGAGAGCGAAGAGCGCGGUAGAUCAGAUGAGCGAGACGAAGACGCCUCUCACAUUCCUAUUGCAGAUGCACAUGGCAACAUUCUCAGCCCAGGAGAAAUCGUGAGCCCGGAGCGCUUGGCGCUAAACAAGGAGAUCAGCCCCGCCGGCUUGCCGCCGCCGGCGAUGGAUGCUGAGAAAGAGUAG